AUGGCGCACGAUCCAGAUCGCCCAGCUUAUCAAGACCUCUUUGCCCCUGCCUCACCAAAGUCGCCGAAGAUCGAGAUCUGGGGUCUUCGCUCCGACGUUCUGUAUCACUUCUACGCAUAUCGCGUCUUCGCCCGAAAGCAUCCCGAGACUUGCCUCGAUCUGGUCAAUCUCAAUGAUGCUGAUGUAGAGUAUUACAAUCGCACCCGCAAUAUGGUCCACAGCCUCAACAAUUACCACAAGCUCGCCACUUACAUGAAAAACUUCGCCCUCAAGCAUCCCGUCGAAGAUAUCAAUACUCAUCGCAAGCGCUUCAUCUGCCAUGUCCGCGAAUACAACCUCCUCCGUACAGAUCCCAUCAACCGCUUUUAUCUGGUCAAUUUAAGUGUUGAUGAAGCCGAGUUCUUGAGCAAGCUUUCUGCUCCGAGCUUCAAGCCAACUUCUACUGCCAAUAACAAGUCUGAUAAUGGCUCUUCUUCUCUCAAUCUCGAAAAUAAAGUUCGCUUCGCGGACAAUCACCCCGCUGUAGAUGCAAAGCUGCCUUCUGUUGUUGUCGGCUCGGUUGAAAGCGUUUCUUCUGCUGUUAACUUGGAGAAGGGUAAGAGACGCUACAGAGGCAAGCCUGUUAUUCUCAAGGAUGUUAAUAGAGGCUCCAUUUGGCAGAGACGCAAGUUCAGGGACGGUGUCAAGAAGAUUCAUGGGUUUAGCCAAACAGAGCUCAGUGAACCAAAGAGCGACAACCAGGUACCCAUUCGCAUUGAUUUUAACGGCCCCUGUUUCCAGAGACAAAAACUCAGGGACGGUGUCAAGAGGGUUGAUGAUCUUGGCCAAACAAAGCUCAGUGAACCAAAGAGCGGCGACCAAAUGCCCAUUUUCAAGAAUGAGGAGGAGAUUGAGUCCUUGAACAACUUUGCGGUUCCCGACACAAAGCCAUCGUCUACUGCUGUCAAAACUGGUGUCGAGUCAGUCCAUGACGUCAAUUCUGCUCGCAGCGUGGAAGAAAAUGUCACGGCCAGUGGAAAUGAUCUCCGUGAAGCAGAUUUGAACGAAGCAGAAUUGGUCCCUAGCGAUGAACAAGCUGAGGUCUUGAACACUCUUCCAGUUCUUACCUCAAGCCUGUCGUUUGCCACUGAUACCGAGUCCGCUAAUGAAGCUACUGCUGCUCACGAUGCCGAUGUCAAUGAGAAUCCCAAAGGCGACGAAAAUGAUCUCGGUGUAGAGGAGCUCGCUCUCAAUGAUGAAGAAGUUGACGUCUCCAGCCCUCGAGUUCUUACCCCAAACUCCUCCUCUGUUACAGAUAUUGAGUCCGACCACGACAAUAACAAUCAGAAUUCCCUGGGCAGCGGCAAUGAUCUCGAUGAAGCGGAGCUGAGUGAGCCAGAGUUAGCUCUCACCCACGAAGAAAUUGAAGCGUUGAAUAGCGUUCCGGCUCUUACUCCUGACUCAUCGUCUCUUACUAGUAUCGAGUCCAACUAUGACAAUGUCAAUGAGGAUAUCAUGAGCGGUGGAAUUGAUCUCAAUGGAGGAGAGCUAAAUGUGCUAGAGCUGAGUGAGCCAGAGUUUGCUCUCACCCGCGAACAAUUUGAAGCCUUGAACAGCCUUCCGGUUCUUACCCCAGACCCAUCGUCUCAUUUUGGCAUCGCGUCUAUCAAUGAAGCUGCUUUCAUCACCUCUGGAAUCGAUGAGAGUAUCAUGGCUGCUGGAGGGGAUCUUGAUGAAGCAGAGCUGAGCGAGCUAGGAUUCUCUUGGGACGAUGAAGAAAUUGAGGUCUCGAACAGCCGCCCAAUUUCAAUCUCUAUGCCAGUUCUUAUUGAUAAAGAGUCUAUCGAUGGAGGAGCUGCUGCUACCGCUGAUGUCGAGGAGAGUAUCAUGCCCACUGGAGACAUUACUGAGGGUAGAGAGUUGAGUGAGCCAGAUUUCGCACCCAACGACGACGAAAUCGAAGUCUCGAACACUCUCCCAGUUCUCAAUCCAAACUCAUCUGCUGUCACUAGGAUCGGCGGAGCUUUUGCUACUGCUGACGGUAAAGUAACCACUGUGAACAAGAGAGAGAGUCUUGACAACGAAGCCCUUCAAAAAUUGAUCCACAGCGGCAAUAUUGAAGACUUGAUCCGCGCAGUCGAUAUCCUCGACUUCCACGAAUGGAAAGACGAGAUCUAUGAAUGUCAAAAGGCUGAAGCUAAAGCUGCCGAGGAAAAGGCUGCUGAGGAAAAGACUGCUAGGAUUAAGGCUGCUGAGGAACAAGGCGUCAAAGGACUCAUGAGAGGCUUCUUCUUUCCAGCUUCUAUGGCUCAUAAUAAUCCUUUGGCGGGUUCCUUGAUCGUGGCUAAAUACACUCUCGGCUGGGUUACUGAUGGCUGUCCUGACGUUCAUACUCGUACGCCUGAGGUGCUGGACAAGGAGGAGUUGGCGGUUGACCGAAUGAUCGAGAAGACUCUGAGGGAGUACCAGGAGCGAUUGGCGGUUAGACGACGCUCUUUGUAGGGUAACAGGGUCAUGACUCGUUAGUUAGUCUAGAUCGUCUUCAAGGCUAGAUGAUCAGAGACGAAAUGCUGG